UCCACCCCGCCCGCCGCCGCUCCCUAUUCCUAUUUAAUCCCAUCUCUCUUCCUCAUCACCGCUCUCCUCUCUCCAGGCAAGAGGAAGUACGCAACCUCAAGCCGGACAAGACGUGAGCAAAGAUGGGCCCCACUAGUAGGAACCAUAAAUCAUCUCAAAAAGAUGUGGCACCGAAUGAAGCCAAACCACCCCGAUAUCCACAGCGCAACCGCUCCAUCACUGCCUCUGCCUCUGCCUCUGCCUUUGCCUCUCCCGCUGUUGCCAACUCCAGAGUUGCCAAGGAAAGGCCAUCUUCAUCAACUGCUGGUGAAGGUGAACCACAGGAAACGGUGCUAAAGCUUCCAAGCAUCCCAACACUUCCUGCACGGAUGGCAAAGUUGGUGCCAUUAGAGGGGUUGGGAUGCGAGGCAGCGGUGGGAUCGCUAACACCGAGUCGGGAGCGAGAAUACAAGGUGACCAACAAGCACACUGAGGGAAGGCGCCCUGUCUACGCCAUUGUCUUCAAUUUCCUCGAUGUUCGCUACUACGACAUCUUCGCCACCGCCUGUGGCCCUCGUCUUUCAACCUACCGCUGCCUCAUGAAUGGCAAAUUUGCUCUUCUGCAAAGCUAUCUUGAUGACGAUAUGAAUGAGUCAUUCUUCACUGUGAGCUGGGCUUGCGACAUUGAUGGCAAUCCAUUGUUAGUAGCUGCAGGAAGCACUGGAAUCAUUCGAGUCAUCAACUGUGCCACUGAGAAGAUAUAUAAGAGUCUUGUUGGCCAUGGUGGUUCAGUAAACGAAAUAAAGUCUCAACCAUCGAAUCCUUCACUCAUCAUUUCUGCAAGCAAGGAUGAAUCUAUUAAGCUGUGGAAUGUGCAGACAGGGAUCUUAAUUUUGGUUUUUGGUGGAGUAGGAGGUCACCGACACGAAGUACUUGGUGUUGACUUCCACACAUCUGAUAUCUACCGCUUUUUAAGUUGUGGAAUGGACAACACUGUGAGAAUCUGGUCAAUGAAAGAAUUCUGGGAAUAUGUUGAGAAAUCCUAUUCAUGGACUGAUGCUACAUCAAAAUUUCCAACAAAAUUUGUCCAAUUUCCGGUCCUGUGUGCUGAAAUACAUUCUAACUAUGUAGACUGUACUAAAUGGCUUGGGGACUUUGUCCUGUCAAAGAGUGUUGAAAAUGAAAUCUUGCUGUGGGAAUCGAUCACAAAAGAAGAAAACCCUGGCGAGGGUCACAUUGAUGUUCUUCAGAAGUACCCUGUGCCAGAAUGUAACAUCUGGUUCAUGAAAUUCUCAUGUGAUUUUCACCACAAUCAGUUGGCAAUAGGAAACCGUGAUGGUAAAGUCUAUGUCUGGAAAGUACAGACCAGCCCUCCUGUUCUAAUUGCUCGGCUCAAUAAUCCACAAGUGAAAUCAGCCAUAAGGCAGACUGCAGUGUCCUUUGAUGGAAGCACAAUCCUUGCCUGCACAGAGGAUGGCAACAUAUGGCGUUGGGAUGAAGUGGAUCACCCAACCGCCCCAGUCCCAAGCAAGAAACAAAAGUGAAGCAAGGAUUAUAUUAAUUGAAAUUAAUAAGGCUGAAUUGGCGAUUUGUUCUUGGUAUACUUUGUUAUACUACUUUGCCUUAGCGUUCAUCAAAACUGCCAUUUGAUUUUCCAACAUUCAGAAAACUCUAUAGCUGGAUGUAAGAUUUAUUAUCGCAAGAUAUUCAGGAUGUUGGUCGGUGACUUGGUUUUA